AUUUAGUAAUUGGUGGGACAGACAUAUAGUUACGGUUUCUCAUUAGUUGAAUUAACCCAAGCAAGCAAAAGGUUAAGCAAGCUGAUCACUAGCACAGAAGCACCAGCUGAGAACGAAGGAUGAUGAAUCGGAACACCAGAGCCACACUUCGCUUACUCACCCCAUUCUUCAAUCCCCGACGCAACCCAUCUCUUCUCCCUUCAACACCUCAUUUCGAUGAAAACUGGUGGCACUCACAGACCAACAUUGCCCACGGGGAGCAUAGAGUUUCUUCACUCUUCAACCCGUUAAGAUUUUCAGUGAAAAAUCAGCAAAUGGGUGUUGGAAUUUCAACCGGAAUCCAGCAUAAAUGCUAUGCUUCAAUGCCUGGGUUGGUUCAGAGGAACCCCAGAUUCUCAGAAUUGAAUGAUGAUGAUGUUAGAUACUUCCAGGAGAUACUGGGUCAAAAAAAUGUUGUGCAGGAUGAGGAGAAGCUCAGCACUGUAAACACUGAUUGGAUGCAUAAGUACAAAGGCUCUAGUAAGCUCCUGCUACAACCUUGGAACACUGAUCAGGUUUCUCAGAUUCUUAAAUACUGUAACUCCAGAAGCCUGGCUGUUGUUCCUCAGGGUGGAAACACUGGUCUUGUAGGUGGAAGUGUACCUGUCUUUGAUGAAGUGAUUGUUAGUCUUAGUUCUAUGAAUAAGAUCAUAUCUUUCGACAAGGUUAGUGGAAUAUUGGUUUGUGAAGCUGGAUGCAUACUGGAAAAUAUAAUAUCAUUCCUGGACAAUGAAGGAUUUAUUAUGCCACUAGACUUGGGUGCUAAGGGGAGUUGCCAGAUUGGUGGAAAUGUUUCAACCAAUGCUGGUGGUUUGCGUCUUGUUCGUUAUGGAUCUCUUCAUGGAAGUGUGCUUGGAGUUGAAGCUGUUUUAGCAGAUGGUACUGUACUUGACAUGCUUAAGACGUUGCGCAAAGAUAAUACUGGCUAUGACUUGAAACAUCUAUUUAUAGGAAGUGAAGGUUCCUUGGGAAUUGUUACUAAGGUUGCAAUACUAACCCCACCAAAGUUAUCUUCAGUAAACGUGGCUCUUCUUGCUUGCAAAGAUUAUAACUGCUGCCAGAAGCUACUACAGGAAGCAAAAAGGAAACUUGGGGAGAUUUUAUCUGCAUUUGAAUUUUUAGACAGCCAGUCAAUGAAUUUGGUUAUAAAUCACCUUGAAGGUGCUCGGAAUCCAUUACCUACACUGCAUGACUUUUAUGUUUUGAUUGAGACAACUGGAAGUGAUGAAUCUUCUGACAAACAAAAGCUUGAAGCAUUUCUACUUCACUCAAUGGAAAAUGAAUUGAUAUCUGAUGGUGUUCUUGCCCAAGACAUAAACCAAGCAUCAUCCUUUUGGCGUCUACGUGAGGGUAUAACCGAGGCAUUGAUGAGAGUAGGAGCAGUUUACAAAUAUGAUUUAUCAAUACCUCUUGAAAAUCUGUACAAUCUUGUCGAAGAAAUGCGCUCUAGACUAGGUAAUGCUGCUAAUGUAGUUGGAUAUGGUCACCUUGGAGAUGGUAAUUUGCAUUUAAAUAUUUCUGUGCCUCAGUAUGAUGACAAGAUUUUAUCGCAAAUUGAGCCUUUCGUGUACGAAUGGACAUCUAAACACAAUGGCAGUAUUAGCGCAGAGCAUGGCCUGGGAUUAAUGAAAGCUAACGAGAUUUUGUAUAGCAAGUCACUGGAAACGGUGCAACUAAUGGCUUCCAUCAAGAGUUUGCUGGAUCCCAAUCACAUACUCAACCCAUAUAAAGUUCUUCCUCACUCUCUCAAUGCAUAAUUUGCUGGAUCCCAAUCUCAUUGCAUAUAAAUUUUGUUUUUGUAUUGUGCUCACUUCUUUAAAGUGAGAGGUAAUGUUAUUUCUUUCAGUAUAUACACACCGGAUUUCUCUGUCCCUGGUAGUGUAGUGCACUAUUGCCUCCCUCCUACAAGAGAUUGAGAAACGCAAUAGGAGACAAGUGUUUGGUACCAAAUCAUAGUUUAGUGUACUUACUGCUACAUCUUAAAUAAGUAUUUGUGUA